CCCCGCCCCCGCCCCCGCUCCCGCUCCGGGAUCGCUGCGCCCUCUGCCGGGCGGCUCCGGCAACGGGCGAGGAGGAGGAGAGAAAAGGAAACAAAAAGGCGCGGGAAAGUCGCAACAAGAAAAAAGCGCAGCGAGCGAUGGAGGCGGGCGCAGGGCGGCACGUGCCCCACAGCGGCUCGGAGGUCAUCUGGCAGCAUUACAACUACACCGGCAAGCUGAGGGUGGGCGCCGGCGGCCCGGGCACCGACCUGACCGUCGCCUCCAUCGUCUUCAUCGUGGUCUGCUGCUGCAUCGUGCUGGAGAACCUCAUGGUGCUGCUGGCCAUCUGGCAGACCAAGAAGUUCCACCGGGCCAUGUACUACUUCAUCGGCAACCUGGCCCUCUCCGACCUGCUGGCCGGCGCCGCCUACACCGCCAACAUCCUGCUCUCGGGCUCCAACACCUACAGCCUGACCCCGGCGCAGUGGUUCCUGCGGGAGGGCAGCAUGUUUGUGGCGCUGGCCGCCUCGGUGCUCAGCCUGCUGGCCAUCGCCAUCGAGCGCUACCUGACCAUGCUGAAGAUGAAGCCCCACAGCGCGGGCGGCAGCUCCCGCGUCUUCCUGCUCAUCAGCGGCUGCUGGCUGCUCUCCGUGCUGCUGGGCGGCCUGCCCGCCAUGGGCUGGAACUGCCUGCGGCGCUUCCCGCACUGCUCCACCGUGCUGCCCCUCUACCACAAGCACUACAUCCUCUUCUGCACCACCGCCUUCAGCUUCAUCCUGCUGGCCAUCGUGCUGCUCUACGCCCGGAUCUACGCCCUGGUCCGCGCCCGCAGCCCCCGGCGCCUCACCUUCCGCAAGUACUCGGUGCGCCCCGGCAAGAGCUGCGAGAAGUCGCUGGCGCUGCUCAAGACGGUGAUGAUCGUGCUGAGCGCCUUCAUCGCCUGCUGGUCGCCCCUCUUCAUCCUGCUGCUGCUCGACGUGGCCUGCCAGGUGCGGGGCUGCCCGGUCCUCUACAGGGCCCAGUGGUUCCUGGCCCUGGCCGUCCUCAACUCGGCCAUGAACCCCAUCAUCUACACGCUGACCAGCCGGGAGAUGAGGCGGGCCUUCUUCCGCCUGCUCUGCGGCCUGUGCCGCCGGGCGGCGGCCCACAGGCUCCGGCAGCACAAGCCGCCGCUGGUGGCCACCCACGAGUUCAGCCGCAGCAAGUCGGACAACUCGUCCCACCAGCACAAGGACGAGUGCGGCACCCCCGAGACCCUGAUGUCCUCAGGAAACAUUAACUCGUCGGCGUGAGGCUCGUUUGGACCGAACUUUGGGAGGUGGGGAGGAAGAGGGAGAGGGAGAGGGGAGGGGAGGGGAGUGCAAGGGAGGAGGAGGUGGGUGUGCAAGAGACAAGAGAGUGGGAACCAUUCAGCAUUGGAUCACCCCGGCCUUUAAUGCCCUCGUCCUCCCAACAGAUCCGUGGGAAUGUAAUCCUCACUUUUUAUUCAUAUAAGUAGACACUCCUGGAGGUAUUGGGACCAGGCACUGGAGUUUGUAAAUCUCGUCUUAAUUCUCCUACAUUUCCAAGGGUAGCAGGACUAAACUGAUGUUUGAAGAUUCUCUCUUUUAAAAAUAAAGUGCAUGGACAAACUUAUCUCAGACUUUUGAAAGGAGGCAAAUGCAAUUUUGAAAGAGGAUCUGCUUCAGGGUGUUUUUUUUUUACUUCCGAAAGCUGUAUCAUCCUUUGGAAAUCCUGGUGUCAAAGCAGCUCAUGUCGAGCAAUGCAGUUCUUCGGGCGAGUGGCCGAGAUUCCAGGGGUGUAGAGCAUCUCGUGAAAGGACGGGCAAGUCCCUAACCGCUUGGCCACAAUGUGACUUUGGUGAAGUUACUUUUCCUAAGAGGCCGAAUAUUUUAGAGAUGCAUUAUCAGGCACUAGAUUCUAGAGUACGUGCCUUCAAGUGUAUUAUGUAAUGUAAGAUAAGAAGAAUAUAGUAUCAAAUUGUUGAAAAUUAAAGAUGUUACUAACUAAUCUCAACUGUGUCAUUUUGAAUGUAUCAGGUUGUCACUCCACUCUCCAACCAUAUGUUGUUAAUAUCGUCAACUAUUAAUUUAUUAACAUUGGUAAAAUGUAAUUACUAGUUGUCCAGAUUUGUUGCAUAGCAUUACUAUGAAAAAUUACACUUUAGGCACAAAGUGAUUUGUCUAAAUUAUUCAACUUUUGUAAUUAGGAGCUGACACAAAGUAUGUUAAAUGGCAUGUAUUGUUCCAAACUGCAAACAGUAAAAUCAAAAAAUAAUGUGAAAAUGGCAUUCAUGUGGAAUUUACACAAGACGUAUGUAAAUACAUAUUCCUUUUAAUUCAA